CAUGUACUCAGUCCCAGCACAGCCUGAAUGAAUGACUGUGUUCUCCGUCCUGCCCAGUCACAAAUCAUGCUGGUUGUCUGCGACCAAAACAAAGCCUGAGACCCAAGAUGAAGGCCGAGACGGAGGUUCCUUCAAAAGCCAAAAUAAUUUCGCAGGUUUUAUUGCUUGUCUGCCUUGGUUCCUUCAAUUCAGGUGUGGUGCUGGCAGUGAAUAUGACUAUCCCCAACACUCUCAUUAAAGGUACAUUGGGAGGGGAAGCCCUUCUCUCUGUUCGCUACAGUAGUUUCAGCCCCGACCUGCCAGUCAUCAAGUGGCAGCUCAAGAGGGAAAAGUCUGUAACUGUCGUCCAGUCCAUUGGAACUGACAUCAUUGGGACCCUGAGGCCCGAGUAUCGUGACCGCAUCCUGGUAUUCGAGAACGGGACUCUGCUUCUCCACAACCUCAGACUCACCGAUGAUGGAACUUAUGACGUAGAGAUCUCCAUCACGGAUGAUACCUUUACAGGAGAGGGCAGCAUCACACUUACUGUGGACGGUAUGAGGACAAGUUUGAUUGUACAGUUCUACCUAUUUCUCUGUUGUCUGGACCAGUGUUAUAGGUAUAGAGAUAGGUCAAAGACAUGUUGAGCCAUGCUUCGCUCAGAGGGGUAAGGGGCUACUAACCAUGACUCAGAGUGGCACAGCAAAGACUGAAAAACCUUGUAGAGAUG